CUGACCGAUCUAGACCUGGCUCCCAGCACUAGGGCAGAUUCAAGAAUUGACUACACCAUCUUGCCCUGACCCUGGUCUUCCCAUUGGUUUCCAAUCGGUAUCUGGAAAAACUUGUUGUCUCGAUGGCCACAAACACUACAUCUCCUGCAGCAUCUUCCUCUCGAGGUGGCAUGUCCCUAUCUCUGUUGCCUGUUGUCCUACUGUCUGUGGCGCUGGCAGUGGGGCUUCCUGGAAACAGCUUUGUGAUCUGGAGCAUCCUGAGAAGGCUGCAGAAGCGCUCGGUCACUGCCCUGCUGGUGCUGAACCUGGCGCUGGCGGACUUAGCUGUGCUGCUCACUGCUCCUUUUUUCCUACACUUUCUGGUCCAGGGCUCCUGGAGUUUUAAAGUGGCUGGCUGCCGCCUGUGCCACUAUGUCUGUGGAGUCAGUAUGUAUGCCAGUGUCCUGCUUAUCACUGUCAUGAGUCUGGACCGCUCACUGGCAGUGGCUCGUCCCUUUGUGUCCCAGAAGGUGCGCACUAAGACGACUGCCCGAUGGGUGCUCGUAGGCAUCUGGGUGGUGGCCUUUCUGCUGGCCACACCGGUGCUCGUGUACCGCACAGUAAGGUUGCAAAGCGACAACAGGACUUUGGUCUGCUAUUCGAAGUACCCCAGCGAAGGGCACAGGGCCUUCCAUCUGCUUUUCGAAGCCAUCACGGGCUUUCUGCUGCCCUUCCUGCUGGUGGUGGCCAGCUACUCCGACAUCGGGCGCAGGCUGCAGGCCCGGCGCUUCCGCCGCAGUCGCCGCACCGGCCGCCUGGUGGCGCUCAUCAUCCUGGCCUUCGCGGCCUUCUGGCUGCCCUACCACGUGGUGAACCUGGUGGAGGCCGGCCGCGCGCUGGCGGGCUCCGCUCUAGAGGAGCCGGCCGGCCAGCGUCUGAAGCUGGCCCGUUUCGUGCUCAUCGCGCUCGCCUUCCUGAGCAGCAGCGUGAACCCCGUGCUGUAUGCGUGCGCCGGUGGCAGCCUGCUGCGCUCAGCCGGCCUGGGCUUCGUCGCCAAGCUGCUGGAGGCCACCGGCUCAGAAGCAUCCAGCACUCGCCGCGGGGGCACCCUGGGGCACACUGCGAGGGACACCCCCGCUCCUCCCGAGCCUGGCCCCACCGAGAGCUUCAUACCCUCCUCCAACCCUCUUGAGUGAAGUGAACUGCACCAGAACUGGUGAAAGGAUGUUCUCUUGCCUCCUGCGCUGGCCUGACCUAAUUCUGUACCCGGAAUAGAAUGAGCACUGGGGACUGCGCUGGGGCAGGAGGAGUGGGGGCUGGCCUGGGCAGAGAGGCAGCAUGCUUUGACCUGGCUUCUGACUGUAGCUUUACAAUUAAAACUAAACUCUGGGG